AAGGUUUGGUGAACAUUGUUCAUUCGGCAUUGAAAUUACUUUUGGUUUGUAGAAGCACCAGGCUCUUAUUUUAACGCGAUGGAUGAUGCAGAGCUAACUUAUAAAUUCUGGAGAAUCCGCAAGACGGUCAUGCAGAUGUGUCAUGACAGAGGAUACCUGGUGACACAAGAUGAAUUAGACCAGACUCUGGAUCAGUUCAAGGAACAGUUUGGAGACAGACCAAGUGAAGGAAGACCUUCAAGAAGUGAUUUGUCAAUUCUGGUGGCUCACAAUGAUGAUCCAACAGACCAGAUGUUUGUGUUUUUUCCUGAUGAACCUAAAGUUGGGAUAAAGACUAUUAAACAAUAUUGUAACAGAAUGCAAGAGGAAAACAUUAACAGAGCAAUAAUAGUUGUACAGAUGGGAAUGACACCUUCAGCCAAACAGGCUUUAGUCGACCUGGCACCAAAAUACAUCUUGGAGCAAUUUAUGGAGGCAGAGCUCAUGGUGAACAUUACAGAACACGAGCUUGUUCCAGAACAUGUCCUCAUGACGCCAGAGGAAAAGACAGAGCUGCUUCAGAGAUACAAACUGAAGGAACAUCAACUUCCUCGUAUCCAGUCAGGCGAUCCAGUUGCGCGAUAUUUUGGACUCAAAAGAGGACAGGUUGUAAAGAUUAUUCGCCCUAGUGAAACCGCGGGUCGAUACAUAACCUACCGACUCGUCGUGUAAUGUAAAUUAAGAGUCUACAAAAUCACCCUCAAGUUUCCCUCCUUACCAGACACAGCCAAGGAUUGGUAUGGGCAAAGCCUCAUGUACUUUUAGUUCAAUUUGUUCGUUUUAUUUGUUCGGUCAAGUAACAAGUGCUCGCAGUCGACAUUUGUUCGUUAGAGAACCGACGACAGUCCGAUUCCUAUUUUCCAAUUAGAAAGUACGCGAUCUCUCCCGAAGUUGAGCCGACAAUAUGUCGUCAUAACGUUACGUGGAGUCGUGUAUUCCGAAGAACAUCGAGUCAUUCUUCUCGCUGCCUCGGUGCUCGUUUCGUUGGUUCUGCUCGGUGUUGGUGAAGUUGAAACGGAGCUCGUGUAAGUCUAAAGUUUUCCUAUUACUGGAUGGAGUUAUGUGAAGACCUUGAAGAAAUUUCUCAAUGAAAGCUGCUUAAAAUUGUUAUGGUCAUCAAGUUCCAUGGAGAUGAAGAAGAGCGAAGGAUGCUGAGUGAAGCCGAAAUAAGCCGAAUAAAACCGAAUGAAACCGAAUGAAGCUGAGUGAAAUUCAGAGCAAGAAAGGACGCAUUCAAACUGACCGCUAGGCUUGCGGUUUGCCUUUGAAAGGUUUUUUCCUUUAAUGCGAGACUACCUCGCCGAGAAUUUUUUUAAAAAAUCAUUAGAAGUUGGGAUUGUAAUUUAUACAGCAAGAGGCGGAAUGUUAGCGUUGUUGUUUUAAAAAUAAAAGUCAACAAUUU